AUGUCCACCCAGUCGGCGAAAGAAAGACCCGAGAGCCUGCAGUUCCCUUUCCUGGACGACAAUGACACGAUCUCCACGGUCAAAGAGUCCAAAACCCUUUUUGUUCUGCGAGGCCUGCCCGGCAGCGGGAAGUCCACCCUCGCCCAGGCCAUCCGAGACCGCUACAAAGACGCCUGCAAGGUCAUCUCCGUCGACAGCUACAAAAUUACACCUUCCAUCAGAAGUGCCCUUCCCGAAGAGUACUCCAAGGUGGAUGAGGAGCUCGUCGACUACUGCAAACGGGAGAUCAGCGUCAUCGUCCUGGACGACACUCACCAUGAGAGGGAGCGACUGGACCAGCUCUUCGACAUCGCCGACAAGUACCGCUACAAGGUGGUCAUCGCCGAGCCCAAGACGCCGUGGCGGGCGGACUGCUCGCAGCUGAAGGAGAAGAACCAGUGGAAGCUCUCGGCGGAGGAGCUGAAGAAGAUGAAGCCCAGCUUGGAGAAGGAAUUCCUCCCCAUGUAUUUUGGGUGGUUUUUGAGCAAAAGGAGCUCAGAGAUCCUGCGGAAAGCUGGCCAGGCCUUCUUGGAUGAGCUUGGAAGUCUGAAAGCCUUCAAGAAGGAGAGUAAAUACUGUACGUAUAGAGGCGUCUUGCCAAGGCCGCGCUCUGCUGCCGAGAUGUUCCGUUUGCCGGGUGGUGCCCAGCUGGGUCAGCGCCCACAGUGA